UCUCGUCGCUAAAUCUGUUUUCCGCUAUACGGAAUCACUUGGAAGGAAGCAUACCUGACGAAAUCGGUAGAUUAACAAACCUGACACAAUUCACAGUCGGAGAUAAUAGACUCUCCGGUAAGUUCCCACCGUCGCUUUUCAAUAUUUCAUCUAUUAAACUCAUAGCAACUGCACGAAACCAGCUUGAAGGUAGCUUACUAAGCAACAUAGGCCUUACUCUUCCGAAUCUCCAGCGGAUUGGACUCGGAAUUAAUCGGCUUUCCGGGUCGAUUCCGAGUUCAUUUUGCAGUGCUUCUAAGCUAGAAAUACUAGAUCUUACUGGAAACAAUUUUGUAGGUCAAGUUCCAAAUUGUUUGGGGAAUUUAAAAAAUCUUUGGUGGCUAAAUGUUGGUAUCAAUAAUCUUGGAACUAAUUCCACAAGAGACUUGGAAUUUCUACCUCCUUUGAAUAAUUGUACCAAUCCGAAAAACCUAGCUUUCAAUUUAAACAAUUUGGGAGGUUCUCUACCGAACUCUGUAGUCAAUCUUUCAGUUCAACUUAGUCAGCUACUGAUUGGAUCCAAUCAAAUCACUGGAAUUAUUCCUGAAGGAUUAAAUAGAUUCACCAACUUAGUUGCAUUAGACAUGGGACAUAAUCUCUUUCAUGGAACUAUCCCUUUUUCAAUUGGAAAUCUGCAAAAUAUCCGAAUCUUGGUUCUAGAAGAUAAUCGAUUAUCCGGUCAGAUUCCGUCUUCUAUAGGAAAUCUCAGUAACUUGUAUCAAAUUUCCAUUGCACAGAACAAAUUAGAAGGAAAUAUUCCUGUAAGCAUCACCAACUGUCAGAAUUUACAAUACUUGGAUAUUUCAGACAAUAACCUGAACGGAACAAUACCCGAUGACAUUUUCCGUAUUUCUUCCUUAUCUUUGCUACUAAACUUGUCGCGUAAUUCAUUCACCGGUAACCUGUCAUGGGACAUAUCGAAGCUGAUAAACAUAAACAAAUUGGACAUCUCUGGAAACAAAUUGUCAGGAGAAAUUUCUGAAACUAUUGGAGCUUGUGUAAGUUUAGAAUUUCUAUAUUUGCAAGAAAAUUCUUUCCAAGGAAUCAUUCCUGCUUCUUUAAAUUCUUUAAAAGGUCUUCAGGAAUUAGACCUUUCAAGAAAUCACCUGACAGGAGAAAUUCCAAAAGACCUGCAAAGUUUAGAUUCUCUGAAAUAUUUAAACCUUUCUUACAAUAACCUAGCGGGUCAGAUUCCAACAGAAGGAGUUUUUAGUAAUUUAAGUGCAGUUUUCUUGACCGGAAAUAACAACCUCUGCGGUGGCUUGACGGAGCUUCAACAACCGGAAUGUCGUACCAAACGAAAAUCUAAUUCCAGUGCUGCUAUAUUAGCAAUAAUCAUCGUUACGAGUGUGAUUAUAUCUGUCAUGUUAGCAAUAGCAGUUGCUCUUGUUUAUCUAAGAGGACGAAAGCUAAAAACGACGUCGUUGUCUGCUGAACCUGAAGAAAUCGGGGGGCUUAUGAGUGUAUCAUACACCGAUCUUUAUAAUACAACAAACGGAUUCUCCGGAGAUAAUUUAAUCGGGUCUGGAAGUUUCGGCUCUGUAUAUAAAGGAUACCUAACUCAAAUGGAAAGACACGUAGCAAUCAAGGUUCUGAAGCUGGAAACAAAUGGCGCUGCGAAAAGUCUGACGGCGGAGUGCAAGGUGUUAAGCUCAGUCCGCCACCGGAAUCUUGUCAAGCUAUUAACGUACUGUUCGAGUAUCGAUUAUAAAGGUAAUGAAUUCAAAGCUUUAGUUUACGAGCUCAUGGAUAACGGAAGCUUGGAGAAAUGGCUGCAUCAGGAUGAUCUGUUUGUGAAAUUGAAUUUUCUUCGGAGAUUGAAUAUUGCGAUUGAUGUGGCGUCUGCAUUGCAUUACCUUCACGAUUUGUGUGAGAAUCCGAUUGUUCACUGUGAUUUGAAGCCGAGUAAUGUUCUUCUUGACGACGAUAUGGUUGCUCAUUUGGGUGAUUUCGGUUUGGCUAAGCUUUUCUUGAGCGUAGAUGGUGUUUCUCAAGGCCAAACAACUAGCUCAGUGGGAAUAAGGGGGACAAUUGGCUAUACACCUCCAGAGUAUGGAAUGAGUGGCACAACAUCAAAAGAAGGAGAUGUGUAUAGUUAUGGGAUCCUUGUACUAGAAUUAUUUACAGGAAAAAGACCAACAGAUCAAAUAUUUGAAGGCCAUACCAACCUGCACAAUUAUGUGAAAAAUUCACUGCCAAACGACGCUGAGAAGGUCAUGGAUCCAGCUCUUCUUCUCUCCAAAGAAAAGAAAGAAAAGUCAGUACUAACAGUAACUAAGAAAGAAGAUGAAAAUUGCUUAAUGUCAAGCCAAGUAGAUGAUGAUGAUGAAGAAGAAGAAACAGACAGGUUAUGCAGAUUGAAUUAUGAUAAGGUGAGAGAAUGUUUGGUGUCAGUGUUUAAAGUUGGAGUAGGUUGUUCGAAUGAAUCACCCCAUGAAAGAAUGUAUAUGGGAGAUGUUGUUAAGGAAUUACAUUUUAUUAGAAGUCAUUUUGUUGGAGUUAGGAUCUAUGGCUAGAAACUAAUUUCAUUGUAAUAGAAAAUGGUGCAAUGGACUAUAUGAAGUA